AUGGAUCCAGGCACCCCCAGGCAUUCCCAGGCACCCCCAGGCAUCCCCAGGCAUCCCCAGGCACCCCAAGGCAUCCCAAGGCACCCCAGGCACCCCCAGGCACCCCCAGGCAUCCCAAGGCAUCCCCAGGCACCACCAGGCACCCCCAGGCACCACCAGGCACCCAAGGCACCACCAGGCACCACCAGGCAUCCCCAGGCACCCCCAGGCACCCCAGGCACCCCCAGGCAUCCCAAGGCACCCCAGGCACCCCCAGGCACCCCCAGGCACCCCCAGGCAUCCCAAGGCAUCCCCAGGCACCACCAGGCACCCAAGGCACCACCAGGCACCCCCAGGCACCACCAGACAUCACCAGGCACCCCCAGGCAUCCCCAGGCACCCCCAGGCACCACCAGACAUCACCAGGCACCCCCAGGCACCACCAGACAUCCCCAGGCAUCCCCAGGCACCACCAGACAUCACCAGGCACCCCCAGGCAUCCCCAGGCACCCCCAGGCACCACCAGACACCACCAGACAUCCCCAGGCACCCCCAGGCACCACCAGACACCACCAGACAUCCCCAGGCACCCCCAGGCACCACCAGACACCACCAGGCAUCCCCAGGCACCCCCAGGCACCACCAGACAUCACCAGACAUCACCAGGCACCCCCAGGCACCACCAGACAUCACCAGACACCACCAGACAUCCCCAGGCACCACCAGGCACCACCAGACAUCACCAGGCACCCCCAGGCAUCCCCAGGCACCCCCAGGCACCACCAGACAUCACCAGGCACCCCCAGGCACCACCAGACAUCCCCAGGCAUCCCCAGGCACCACCAGACAUCACCAGGCACCCCCAGGCAUCCCCAGGCACCCCCAGGCACCACCAGACACCACCAGACAUCCCCAGGCACCCCCAGGCACCACCAGACAUCACCAGACAUCACCAGGCACCCCCAGGCACCACCAGACACCACCAGACAUCCCCAGGCACCACCAGACAUCCCCAGGCACCACCAGGCACCACCAGGCACCACCAGACAUCCCCAGGCACCACCAGGCACCACCAGACAUCCCCAGGCACCACCAGGCACCACCAUGCACCACCAGACACCACCAGACAUCCCCAGGCACCACCAGGCACCACCAGACAUCCCCAGGCACCACCAGACAUCCCCAUGCACCCCCAUGCACCCCCAGUCAUCCCUAGGCAUCCCCAGGCACCCCCAGGCAUUCCCAGGCAUCCCCAGGCAUCCCCAGGCAUCCCCAGGCACCCCCAGGCACCCCCAGACACCCCCAGGCAUCCCCAGGCAUCCCCAGGCACCCCCAGGCAUUCCCAGGCAUUUCCAGGCACCCCUAGGCACCCCCAGGCAUUCCCAGGCAUUCCCAGGCACCCCCAGGCACCACCAGACACCACCAGGCAUUGCAUCAGAAAGUCCAUGGUUCAAAUCACAUCUCAAUUCAAACAAUUUUGUAUAUCAAUGUAACUUUGCCUUCCUCAAGAUUAUUCCUGACAUGAAAUAA